CUCUGCUCCUUGCUUAAUCAGCACUGGCUCAGCCAGCAACCGUCUUCCGGCGUCUCCGUGCCUACGGUGGCCACUAGCAACAGCGGUGGCCCCACGACAAACCCUAACACUGCGGCCACAACUGCCGCCGACGCCGCCGCCGCUGUCGCUGCCGCCUACCAUAAACUGUCGUCCGGUUCUUCGCUCUACCAGUUGGAGGCCUCGUUGCCACCGGCCGGUGGUGGGAAGACGGUUCGACCGGCUCAGUCAAAGCAGGAUGUGAUACAGACGCCUUUUCAGCAGCCUCUACUGCAAGAGCACCACCCUCAUCACCACCACCAGCAACAGCAACAGCAACAACAACUUCAACAGCAUCUUAAACAACCACAACAUCACUAUCAGCCACACCAUUCGCAUGUCCAUUACGGCCUGUUGGCGACGCUCUCCGACGCUGGCUCCGUCGGAUCGGGCGGUAAGACGACGGCCACCAGCAGUCCGGCUAACUCGACCAAUUUGAUGGGUCCAAGUGUAUUCGCCUCGAUUGCUGGACUCGGACAACAACAGCAAUUGUAUACUGUACAAACCGAGGGCGGAAAAAUGUCUCUAUCACAAGGCCACUAUCUCCAGUCAUUGGCCGCCUAUGCGCCGGCUUCUUCAACCGUCCAAGCCUAUCCACACCAAUACCACCUACAACAGGCUCAUCAACACCAUCACCAGCAUCACCCUCAGAGCCAAGCUCAGCAGCAGCACCAACAUCAGCAACAACAACAGCACUUUCAUUCGGUCGGAGCCGGAAAUACGAUGACAGGGGCUGAGGCGACUGGCCUGUCCCAGGCCUACCUUUACGCGAGUUCGGGAAAUUCAGCUGGCCUGAUGGCUACGCCGCUGAGUGAGCCAGUCGACCGACAACAGGCUACACCUUCGUCCAUGGGUCGCCGUUCCGUCAAGAAGACGUCGAAACGACAAACGGUCUCCCAGGCGACUGGCCCAACCGACGAGGUUGCAUUGGCUAUGCCGGACUCCGCGCCUGGCCUGGUGGGUAGAUCGAGUGAACUCGAUCCAAUGAUCUCACCGAACUGCCGGCUCUAUCCGUUCGGUCAAGAGCAUGUCCGCGAUCUGCAUCACCUUCACCAGGACCACUUGCAACAUCAGCUUCAACAGCAGUCAGAGGCCUUCCAUCGUGUACAGAUGUCACACCAGUCAGCAAUCAGUCCUGGAGAACGUCGAGCUCCAUCUGCGAGUGGACGAGCCGGUUCUUCCGUCAGGCUGGAGGCUCCAGCCAAGCCAGUCGGUCCGGGGGCUCGACAGAAGACGACCGCGUUCGAGGGCAAGCUGAAACCGGCCCGACCAGUGUCAUCGGGUCGUGUCAAAGAGGCAUCCUCCACGGCGGCUGUGAUCGCGACUGAGUCCGCGCUGGCCGGACUUGAGGCAAGUAGACGACGCUUCUCGGCUCGCUCGACCGGUCAUCUGGCGGGGUGCUCCCGAGACCGGGACAACGAUGAGCUCGACUUUCAACAUGAGGCUAAGGUCUUGGCGACUCGUCGAGUCCCCACCUCUAUCGGUGCCAGUAGCUUGAGGAAGGCGUUCAGUCCGAUGGGCUCUUCACCCGGCGUUGCCGGCCCUCACUUAAGCACGUCAGAACUGGCUAAUGAUGAGAUCAGAUGGAAGGCAAAGACAACCAUCCCCUCGAAGAAACUGGUCUCUGGUGUUGGACAAGCCAAAUCUCCUUUGGGCGAGAUGCGACCGGAUACAAGGUACAAAUGA